CUUUGAACUCAAGAAAACUCUUUGCACUUUUAUCAUGUUCACGUCCCUUUAAUUAAUUUGUAUAUCCUCUGAUCUCUAUCCAUGUUUCAGGCCAGGCCGGCUGUGGAUAUGAUGAUGAAGUCAAUUAGAGAUGGGCGCCGUUUCUUCAUCUCCUGCUUUUUCUUCCUUCUUUUCCUAUGCGUUUUAGCUUCCAUCAAUGAACUCCGAUUCGACGGCCGCCUCAUGAAGUUUCACAAAUGCGCUUUUUCCGAUUCUAAUACCACCACCCAUAUCGAUAUCUCUUCCAAGCAAGAUCUUCCGAGUUCGUCGGCCGCCGCCGCAGACGGCGGCGAAAUCCGAAUCCUCGUCGGGAUUUUGACCCUCCCGGACCAGUACCGCAAGCGCCACUUCCUCCGGCUAGUAUACGGCACCCAAUCCCCGCGGGGCGCGAAGGUGGACGUGAAAUUUGUGUUCUGUAAUCUCACCAAGGAGGAUCAAAAGACCCUAGUGGCACUGGAGAUAAUGCGCCACGACGACAUCAUCAUCCUCGAUUGCCAAGAGAACAUGAACAACGGCAAGACCUACACGUUCUUCUCCAGCCUGCCGGAGAUUCUCGGCGGCGGCGGCGGCGGGCGACCGUACGAUUACGUCAUGAAGGCCGACGACGACACGUACUUGAGACUGGAAAAUCUAGUGGCCUCUCUAACGCCGUUGCCGAGACAAGAUCUGUACUACGGGUUCGUGAUCCCGUGUACUAGCAUGGACCCUUUUAAGCACUACAUGUCCGGGAUGGGAUAUCUGAUAUCCUGGGAUUUGGUGGAGUGGAUUAGAGAGUCGGAUAUCCCUAAAGCGAAUGUGGAAGGUCCCGAGGAUAAGGUUCUUGGUGAGUGGCUCCGAGACGGCCGGAGGGGACUUAAUCGGUUUAACGCCAAAUGGUCGAUGUAUAACUUCCCGGUGGAGCCGCCGAAUGACGGCUGCUCGCACGAGUUCUGGCCGGAGACCGUGGCGGUUCAUCAGCUCAAGACUCAAGAGAAGUGGAUUCGGACUUUGAGUUAUUUUAAUGUCACCAGAGAUUUGAUGCCAUCUAAGCUGUAUCAUAUACAAUAGGUUGAAUUGAAGAUUGAUAACUGCAUUCUUUAUUAGUUUAUUUCCAACAAACAAUCUAUCAAUACUAAUCAUUCUUGUUGGUUUUA